UGAGGCGCAACAUGGGUAUUGUUGGCUUUAAUAAAGGAGCAUCUCAAGUAUAUAUACAGGGAGCGGAUGCACACUGAAGUCCAUCAUCAUUCAAGCAAUCAGUCACAUCAUCUCCUCUGCUCUUCCCACUCAACCUAUACUCGAACUCCAUACCACACGAAAGCGUUUCCAAGGCCAAAAUGCAGUUCCUCACCGCCGCAACCCUCUUCGCCGCCGCGCUCGCCGCGCCCGCACCCCAGACCUCAGACUGCCCCAACCCAGCACACUGCGGCGGCUCUGCCCCGGACCCAUCCACCUACGACAACGUCGACAUCACCGACUUCUAUCUGCGCAAGAACCCAGGCAUCCAGAAUGCCGGCUUCACGCUCUCCGGCAACAACGGCACCGUCCAGUGCGAGAUUGGCGCCGUCGAGAGUCUGCCGUCCGCCGUUGAGGUUUGCGGCGACAGCAAGUACCGCUUCGGCUUGAUCGAGGCGACCAGCACCGGCGCUGAGGUCGGCCUCCGGCUGUACCGCGAGACAGGACCUGCUGUCGGAUUGACGGGCGAAGGCGACGUGCCUACGUACUGCCACGCUGGUGGUGCAGGAGCGGAGGACUUUGUGUGCCAGCAGGUCUCCGCUCUUACGAUUGUCAUCUCGUAGUGGUGAAAGAGAAGGAUGCAAAGAGGAAAUGGCUCACCCGCUUGUAUAGUCA